CCCAAAUGUCUAGCCAGCCGAACGUCAUUGAACUUGUAGAGGGCGGGGAGCUUAACAAAGCCCUCAAACUUUGUAAUACAAAGAUACACAAAGGAAUCAAUUCCAAUCUAUUCAAGACCAUGAAGGGCUAUUGUCUUGUCAAAAUGAAGAAACCUCAUGAAGGAUUGGACCUAGCUGUAGAGGUCAAGGUUACCAAGCCAACUAGUCCAGAGAUCUGAAAGUAUUUAGCCCUGAUUUACACGGAAACAGGCAAUUUUAGUGAAGCAACAUCUAUUUUAGAAGACACCUACUUUAUGAACCCGGAUAAUGAGGAUAUUGGAAGAGACCUAUUUUACUCCUAUGUCAGGGAGAAUAAGUUAUUGAAGCAGCAGAACCAUGCUUUGAUGUUGUAUAAGCAAUUUGAAGAUGAAGAUUAUGCCUUAUGGGCGGUAGAGACUAUGUACCUCAUCAAGCUGUCAAUCAAAAAUUUCGAAACAAAGAUACUUGAUAUCGCCUAUCUUUUAUUACUUAAGGUGAUGAAACACCCAGAUUUUGAAAUGGAUAAAAAGUUUGUCAUGCUGUAUCUCAGAGUAUUAAAGAAGCAAGGAAAUUACAAAGAAGCUCUAGAGUUUAUUGAAAGCAAAAAUUCGUUCUUCACUGACAAGGUGGAGAGGCAGCAGAUUGAAGCCGAUCUGUUCCUAAAAUCUGACAAUCUUUUAGACUCCAUCAACAUUUUCUUCCAAAUUCUGAAAUCGAAUUCUCAUAUUGCGAGUUUCAGGCCGAUGUGGCCUACUUAUCAAAAAUGAAUUAGGAUUAUCCUAGUUGACUACAUUCCAAAAAUUCUAAAUUUUGAGUACAAGCCAAGUUUAGAUUACUCGCUGAAUUAUUCAUCAAUCACUUCAAAGCCAUUUGAUCCAAUCUCUGAAGGGAUAGAACCUAUUGAACUUCUUGAGACUCUCCUCAGUUCAAUAAUGGUGCUAAAGAAGAAUAUAAUAGCUGAUAAUCCAAAGACUAAGGCUGUUGCUAAUGCUUUCAAGAGAACAUUAAGCCUCUGUGAAAUAGAGUACAAGUUUUGUUUGGCUCUAAAUUGCCCAGCUUUUCCAACCCAAGAAAAGUCGACGUACUAUAACUCUAUUUUAAACUACUUGGAAGCAUUCUUUGAGCAUACAGAUGUGGUUCAAGACCUGCGUCCAUACCUCAAGUUAUUCUCUAGUGAAGAUUCUUUUGCUUUUAGAGACUUUUUCAAGGAGAAAAUCGAAAAAUUCGAGAAAUACAACCUCACCUCUAGAAGCAUCAUUCCAGAUAUCAAGCUAGUUAGAUGGAAAGCUUGCUUCUUCAAAUUAUGUAAAACAUUGAAUCUGUAUGGAAACUUGCCUGAUAUCAAGAAGAGAUGUGAAGUGGUCAAUGAAAUAUUUGAGACUUAUCUUCAAGCAAUGGCUCAGGAUCCUAAGCAUGUCACCCCUGUUGAUAAGAAGAACUUUGAAGAUAUCGUAGUUAUUGCUUAUAUCCUGCUGAAGGAUAGCAAAAUCUAUGACUUUAGUGUACUCAACCCUUUUAAUUACUAUGCUAUCGUAAUGCUUGAAAUUGCAAGGAAGAAUAACCCAAGUAACAGAGAUUUUAACUUAAUCUUAUUGGAACUAUAUGAUAAGCUAGGCUGUUCAUCUAGACUUACAGAUAUCCUAGCUCACUUCCAAACUAAAGGAGACGAUUAUGAAAAGUUAGGCUACCUAAAAUUCUCUCAUCUCUCAGAAUUUGGAAUCGCUAAAGGCCUUGAAGCAACUUGUAAACAAUACAAAACGUUCUAUGAUAGGACCUUAAUUGAGAACAAGAAUAGAGUAAUCACAUGCUUCCAAAAUAAAGAGUUUGAGAAGAUUAGUGAAUUCUUAGACAAAAACGAGUCAAUGCAGGGAAGCUAUUUCAUGUCAUGUACCCAUCUGACUCUUCUCUUCAUGAGUUUAUUCAAGAAUGGCAAUAAUCCUCAUAUAAUCUCAGGAGUGUUCAGUAAGGAUUUCCAGUAUCUGAACUCUCUCUGAGAUGAUGAAGAGUCGUUGUUUGAAGAAGUAGAGCAACCUAAGCCAAUCCAGUAUCAGGUCUUUGAGAGUAUCAAGAUAGAUCAAGAGAAAUCAGAGAUUAGGAAGCAAGAGCUUGGAGAAAAGGAGGAAACCAAGGAGGAGAAAAAGAACAGUUAUGAUCUUCCUGAGAGAAAGAUUAAUAAUAAUGCCACUCCUAUUCAUGUGUUCGGUUCAAAUCAUCCGAAAAUACUCAAGUUCAUGGCUAUUAUGAUCAGAUGUCUGAGACAUUGAUACGAAAGUAAGCCUCAGGAACUGAAUCUGGACUUGAAUAAGUUCUUACUACUCAAAAACGAGCUUUCUCUGAACUAUCUCAGACAAUAUGAAAAUGUUUUCACCGCCGUAAAAGCUGCUAUAAAAAUUUAUGCAUCUCAAGACGAAGCUAAAAGGAAGGAAAUUGAAAAAGUAGAAAUAGCUACUCUUGAAAAGAUCAUCAAAAAUCAGAGUUCACUUAAUCCAUUCUCCCUUGCUGGUGAGAAGAAGGCAGCAGAGGAGACCAAGGAAGAAGAGACUGAGAAGAAGCCUUCUGAGUCGGCUCCAAAGGCUUACGAUCCACUGACAGGAAAGUACACUGAAGAAGCUGCAAUUUUUGAAAAGCUGAUUCAAAAACUAGUGGAGUACAACGAAAAGGUAAACGACGGAAAGGAAAUCACAAUCGUGGACUAUCUCCGCAGAAUAGACUCUGAGAGUAAAUUCAUGAGAGAAUUUGAGACCCAAAAAGUGAUGAAGAACAGUUUCAUAGAAGAGUUCAAAAUCCAUUGCUAUAACUACAUCUUGCUACUCUUUGAAUCUAUCAUGAGGAUCCUCACCACUCUCAAGAAGGAAAAAGAUGAUGACUCCAGCAGUAGCGAGGAAGAAGAGGAGAAGAAGGAAGAUGUCUCCCAAAAGGAAACUAUCAAAGGUAAGAAAAAGAAAAAGGGCAAGAAGGAUGUCAAAGAGGUAUUCUCUAAGAACUACAAGCGCUUCCUAGAAAAUAGACAGAAGAAGAUAGACAAGUUUAUAGUAAAUUGUAUCGGCUGGAACCAUAUCCACAGAUGUGUGGAGGUCCUAGGUAUGACAGCAAGAGAUCUAGUCUAUAGGAUCGUACCUACAAAAGUUGUAGUGAGAGAACUCAAAACAACCUCGGGUAAGGUCCUUAAGAAAGACUGCAAGUAUACACUUGUGGAGAAGAAGCGAUAUGUCACUGUUGGUAAAAAGACCCAAGUUGAUUACGUUUAUGAGCUUGACCUGAAAGAUGAGAAUGAAGAAGAUGAAGAGGAAAAAGAAGAGAAGAAGACCGCUCACGAUGACUCCAAGGAUGAGAAGGAAAAUGAUCAGAAAAAUGCUAUUUUCUUCAUGAAUUUUGAUGAUUUUUCAAUAUUCAAGCUCAAGUCUAUCAUUUAUUUCCUUUACUAUCCUCUCACAUUUACUGAAAUAAUUGCAAAUCUCUGGCUCCAGAUUGUACCAAUGAACAUCAUUGGUAAGAAAGCCAAAAGGGAUGAUGGAACUGAAGAUUUUCUUGAUAGUGAGAGUAUUUCUGUGACCAGACAAGCCAUGAGAGAGUUCAUAAAUUCUCUAAUCAAUCAUCUCAAAUCUCUCCAAGAAUAUGUCAACCAAGUCAAAGAGGAGAAGCUCAUUGCUGAAAGAUACAAGAGAAUUUCUAGAAGAAAGGAAAUCGCUACUAUGAAAGAGAUUUGUGCUAUGUACACUCAGAAAGAGCCUGAAGAAGUAGAAAAGAGUUUCGCUACCUACUACGAUAACAUCAUAGAGAGUCAAAUGCAAACUGUUGAUAACCUAAACAACAUAAUUGAGGAGAAGAUCACCAGAUUGAAGGCUAUUAACAUGAGAUAACUCAAGUUUCAAAUACAAA